GUCUCUGUCUCUGCCUUCCUAUGUCCACUUCCAUGUGGCUGUGUUCACAUUUCCCAUCUCUUAUAAGGACCCUUGUCACUGCGAUUAAGGACCCCCCCUACUCCAGGGUGGCCUCAUCUUAACUCAUUAUAUCUGCAAAGACCCUAUUUCUAGACAAAUUACACUCACAUGUACUGGGAGUUAGGACUUGAACCUGUCUUUUGUGGGGACACAAUUCACCCAUAAUAGAUGGUCACCCACUCAGCUGGCUGCUGUGAGCUUGGGGGGCAGGACAAGCAGGCCUUCUGUCUAGGAAAUCAAAUCAUUCCUGUAUAAUGGGAAUAAACUAAUUACAAUGCAGACAAAGGUCUCAUUCACAUUAGCAAAAAUAACUCUCUGUAGAUAUCUAGGGGAAACCCAGGAAAACACAUGUGAGCUCUUUACGGGGAAGACGGAAAGGCCUGAGAGACGUGUGUGCGUGGAGAGGGUGCCAGGUCCACAGAGGGGAAGACCCAGUGCCAUGUGCACGUUGGCCCCAUGAAUCUGCAGCUUCAUGCAGUAUCGGGUCAGUUUCAUGGUGGCAGGAUUCAUCUUCAGACCCGACAAGGUCCUGAGACAGAAGAGGUCCUGCCUCCCGACGAGGGCGGGAAGCAGUCCCAGGAGCCACCAGAGGCCUUGUCUUGCUGCUGACUGGCAGAAAUGGCCAGAUGGUCGCACCUGACACAGACCAGGCUCACCCAAGGGCUGGGUGGGAGUCAGUGUCCCUGAGCAUCGAGCCCUGAGCAGCACUGUGGGUCUCAAAGCAUGGAAGGAGUGGGUGCUGGAGAGGCAAGCCAGCCGGCCCACGCCUGGGAGCCCACCCAGAGGACAGCCACAGGGCUGUGACUCCCUGAUGCAGAUGCAGUGCGGCCAGCUGCAGAGCCGCAGGGCCCGGAUUCACCAGCAGAUUGACAAGGAGCUGCAGAUGCGUACGGGCGCUGAGAACCUCUACAGAGCCACCAGCAACAACCGGGUGAGAGAGACAGUCGCCCUGGAGCUGAGCUACGUCAACUCCAACCUGCAGCUGCUGAAGGAGGAGCUGGAGGAGCUCAGCGGUGGCGUGGACCCUGGCCAGCAUGGGAGUGAAGCUGUUACUGUCCCCAUGAUCCCCCUGGGCCUGAAGGAGACCAAGGAGCUGGACUGGUCUACACCACUGAAGGAGCUGAUCUCGGUGCACUUUGGAGAGGACGGCGCUUCCUACGAGGCAGAAAUCAGAGAGCUGGAGGCCCUGCGGCAGGGCAGUGUGUGUGAGUGGGAUGGACCAGGGCGGUGGGGCCCAGCGGCUCCUGCCCUGCAGGCCAUGCGGACCCCCAGCCGGAAUGAGGCGGGCCUGGAGCUGCUCACAGCCUACUAUAACCAGCUGUGCUUCCUGGAUGCGCGCUUCCUCACCCCUGCCAGGAGCCUCGGGCUCUUCUUCCACUGGUACGACUCGCUUACUGGGGUCCCGGCCCAGCAGCGCGCCCUGGCCUUCGAGAAGGGCAGCGUUCUCUUCAACAUCGGCGCCCUCCACACGCAGAUUGGGGCGCGCCAGAACCGCUCCUGCGCCGAGGGUGCCCACCGCGCUGUGGAGGCCUUCCAGAGGGCCGCUGGGACCUUCAGCCUCCUGAGGGAGAACUUCUCCCAUGCGCCGAGCCCAGACAUGAGCCCUGCGUCCCUCUGCGCACUGGAGCAGCUCAUGAUGGCCCAGGCCCAGGAAUGUGUGUUUGAGGGUCUCUCACCCCCUGCCUCCAUGGCCCCCCAAGACUGCCUGGCCCAGCUGCGCCUGGCGCAGGAGGCUGCCCAGGUGAGCUCGGGCACCCGUGUCAGGGUGCAGGGGGUGGGGCCGAGCUGGGGCCAGAGCCCAGGUCCAGGCAAGCGUGAUCUCUCCCGCCUCCUUCCUUGUGUGUCAGCCCCAAGCCGGCUGUUGUCCUGCUCCCUGGGGGGCUGGUCAGGAACCUGGGCGCCCAAGCCUCUGCCUCCAGGGAAUGGCAUGAAGCGGCAGGAACUGGGGUGCCAGGGAGGCUGCUGGGAUGGUGGUCGGAGCGGGUGGAGGCUGGGUAGGGAGAGGCAGUCACCACCGGAGAGCGGGAGGCCCUCGCGUGCCUGCCAUGUCCACUGGCAGGUGGCAGCCGAGUACAGACUAGUGCACCAGACCAUGGCCCAGCCACCCGUCCACGACUACAUGCCCGUCUCCUGGACUGCCCUGGUGCAUGUCAAGGCCGAGUACUUCCGCUCCCUGGCCCACUACCACGUAGCCAUGGCCCUCUGCGACGGCUCCCCAGCGACCGAGGGAGAGCUCCCCACACACGAGCAGGUCUUCCUCCAGCCCCCCACCUCCUGCAAGCCCCAAGGCCCUGUGCUGCCACAGGAGCUGGAGGAGCGCAGGCAGCUUGGCAAGGCACACCUGAAGCGCGCCAUCCUGGGGCAGGAGGAGGCGCUGCGGCUGCACGCCCUGUGCCGCGUCCUGCGAGAGGUGGACCUGCUGCGGGCUGUGGUCGCCCAGACGCUGCAGCGCUCACUGGCCAAGUAUGCGGAGCUUGACCGUGAGGAUGACUUCUGUGAGACUGCCGAGGCCCCAGACAUCCAGCCUAAGACCCACCAGAAGCCAGAGGCCAGGACGCCGCGCCUGUCCCCGGGGAAGGGGCCUGACAUCUUCCAUCGGCUGGGGCCCCUGUCUGUGUUCUCAGCCAAGAACCGGUGGCGGCUGGCGGGGCCCGUCCACCUGACCCGAGGAGAGAGUGGCUUCGGCCUCACGCUGCGGGGAGACUCGCCUGUCCUCAUCGCUGCUGUCGUUCCAGGGAGCCAGGCCGCGGCGGCCGGCCUGAAGGAGGGUGACUACAUUGUGUCAGUGAACGGGCAGCCGUGCAGGUGGUGGAGACACGCAGAGGUGGUGGCGGAGCUGAAGGCUGCGGGAGAGGCGGGUGCCAGCCUGCAGGUGGUGUCAGUGCUGCCCAGCUCUAGGCUGCCCACCUUGGGGGACCGCCGACCCGCCCUGCUGGGCCCCAGGGGGCUUCUAAGCAGCCAGAGGGAGCAUGGCUGCAAGACCCCGGCAUCCACGUGGGCCAGCCCCCGGCCCCUCCUCAGCUGGAGCCGAAAAGCCCAGCAGGGCAAGCCUGGAGGCUGCUCCCAGCCCCGUGCCCCAGUGAAGCCAGCUCUGCCCUCAUCCUCGAAGUGCCCAGGGUGGCUGUGAGGGCCAGGCUUCCUGCACACCUCAGCUCUGGCUCCAGCUGGUGGGAAGCACCAAGCAUGCCCUCCCCACCCAGAGGACCUCUGGGUAAUGCCUGCCCCGCCUCAUGCCAGAGGCUGCCUCGGGCACCUGCCUGCCCAUUAAAGACUAUGGUCAGACCUGUCUGAGCCCA